UUCCAGAGACAAGUGGACACGUUCUUCACAAGUGCAGCACAAAUGAAAGUUUUUCCACAGUUGAGACAAGAAAACACGUUCUUCACAAGUGCAGUACAAGUGAAAGUUUUUCCACUCUAUCAGAAACAAGUGGACACGUUCCUCGCAAGUGCAGUAAAAUUGAAAGUUUUUCCACUCUUUCAGAGGCAAGAGAACACCUUCAUAAUUGCAGUAAAAGUGAAAUUUUUUGCACAGUUUCAGAGACUAGAGUACACGUUUUUUCCUCUAAUCUAGAGGCAAGAAGCCACGGUAUUCAGAAGUUCGUUAAAAGUAAAAGUGAAUCAACCUCAGUAUUUUAUUGCGAAAUGUGUCUCUGUUAUUACGAAAGCCUUGAUGAUUUCAGGACGCAUCUCUCAACUGAAGAACAUACACAACAAGAGGGUUAUAUUAAUGGGUAUUUUCAAUCUAGGGAGAAGGUUCAUUCGGCCGAGUACGAUCCAGAGGGUUGGCUAGAGGUAUGCGAGAUGAGACGUAAGGUGAAGAAGGAAACUAAGUCAUUCGAGUACGAUCGAGGGCAUUGGCUCCGACAGGAAAAACGUAGGAGGAAAGCAUUCCGGACGAUUUUUCCUCUUCGUUUACGUCUUACUAAUCGUGGGCGUAGACCUCGACGAAAAUCUCCAACCUGCAAGGAAGAGUAAUGUAUUUAUAAAUAUAUGUAGAAGAGAUCAAACGUAGGAGGAAAGUAUUCGGGACGGGUUUUCAUUUACGUCAUACUCUAAUCGUAGAGCUCGACGAAAAUCUCAAACCUACAAGAAAGAGCGGUGAAAUUGUUACCAAGUCGGUCAUCACUGUGUAAUUUUUAGUUUGUAGCCUUUUAUG